CUGAUUCCGCCAUUCUUGUUUUCUGAAGUGAAUCCCAAUGCCUUCUUCACUCAACCAUUGAGGCACAUUACAUUAUUAUCAUUAUUCAAUUUUCACUAUGGAUACAAUGUUGGUGCCUCCAUGGCUUGAGCCACUCCUAAACGCACCCUUUUUCAAUGUCUGUGGGAUUCAUGGGGAUGCUGCAAGGAGCGAAUGUAACAUGUUUUGCCUCGACUGUAAUGGGGAUGCGUUUUGCUUCUAUUGCCGUUCCUCAAGACACAAGGAUCACCAAGUCAUUCAGAUAAGGCGAUCUUCGUAUCACGAUGUAGUGAGGGUAGCGGAAAUUCAGAAGGUGUUGGACAUUAGUGGAGUGCAGACAUAUGUGAUAAACAGUGCAAGAGUUCUGUUUCUGAAUGAGAGGCCUCAGCCAAAGUCAGGGAAAGGAGUGGCUCACAUUUGUGAGAUUUGUGGAAGAAGCCUCUUGGACCCAUUUCGCUUCUGUUCUUUGGGAUGUAAGCUUGUAGGAAUAAAGAGAAAUGGGGAUGCAAGUUUUGCUUUGGAUGCUAAAAAUGAGGCAUCGGCAAUGGAGGGAAUGUCAAGGAGAUCAGUCUCUUCAAGGCAUGAAGAAGAAGAAUUGCGUGAAGGCUCACAACAAGACAUGUACCCGGCCACGCCUCCUCCACCUCCUUCAAACGCAAGGAGAAGAAAAGGCAUUCCUCAUAGGGCUCCUUUUGGCUCCUAAUUAAUCAUUAUUUUCUUCUUCUACCCUCAAAAUUGGUGGUACAUACCCAAUAUUCAACCCCAUCACCAUUUUAUUUUUCUUUUCAAAACAAUUAACCCCUCUUUGGGGAAUCUGGUUAGUAUAAUUUAUUUUUUUCAGUAAAGAGAAAAAAGAAAUGGUAGGCUU